AGUACCUGCGGAAAAUGCAGUAGAAAUAAAAGGUACAGUCCCUAACGAGAAGGAGGCUAUUGCCAAAGUCAGAUCAUUUCAGAGAUCACCUAGCCCAAUCUGCUUAUUUUUAGAAUAAGGGAGCUAAUGACCACAGAAGUCCAGUCAGGACCAGAACGAAGACACACCACCUCCUACUGAAACCAGUCUAACACACAUGGCUGGCAAUGCAGGCAUAAAACACGAUUUCACACAAUUAGGGUUGGUUGUCUAGACUUUAAAGCCAAUAUUAUACAGACAAUAAACUUUGAAGAAGUUUCAAAGGACAGCGAAAAUUUGGACUGAUGAACUCCCAGGGAAUAUUCAGUAGUGAGCCCAAUUUCUCAAUUCCUGCUUUCACAGAGGUCCCUGCUUUCAUGGGUGCAUGUUUGUAGGAGAAACAACCAGCCUUGAGUGGACGCAGAAGGUCUGGAGUACCAACAAGCAAGCAAGCAGCCUGUUUUAUAGAACUUCUUCGUGUGAAUAAAAGUCACCAACAAGUCACCAAUAGAAGGUCUCCAGAGAGACCUGCCCAGAAGCAGGAAAAUGGAAAGUGUCACAUAUGGUGGCUAUACAAGGAAUCUGGGUUUCAAAACUCAAUUUGCCAUCUGUAGAUAUCAGAAAACCAGGGAGUGGGGCUUGAACUACUUUCGCUCUUCUAUUCAACCAAAUUUUGCUAAGGAUCUCCUGCAUACAAGAUGCUCAGUUCUUGAAUGAGGAUAAUGGCAAUGGAGAGAGAAGGAGGGACAAAUGGAAGAAAUAGCAAACAAGUUCUAUAGAAAUCCGAAUGAGGUGGGCACAGUGGCUCACGUCUGUAAUCCCAGCACUCUGGGAGGCCAAGGUGGGCAGAUCUCCUGAGAUCAGGAGUUCAAGACUAGCCUGGCCAACAUGGCGAAACGCUGUCUGUACUAAAAAUACAAAAAUUAGCUGGGCAUGGUGGCACACGCCUGUAAUCCCAGCUAUUCAGAAGGCUGAGGCAGGAGAAUUGCUGGAACACAGGAGGCGGAUGUUGCAGUGAGCCAAGAUUGUGCCACUGCACUCCAGCCUGAGCAAAAGAGCAAGACUCGGUCUCAAAAAAAAAAAAAAGAAAGAAAUAUUUUCAAAAGCAAAGCAUUUACUAUGAGGUGUAAUGGAGGAAAAAGGAAAGGCUGGAUGACUUAUACACCAAUAAUCAUUCAAUAUAUCUAUUUGUAAAUGUCAAAGGCACUUCAAAGCCGGUAUGUCUUAUACCAAGUACAUGAUCAUCACUCUCCCCAUGUCUGGCCUUUAUCCCCAUGAAUGGCACCAGCAUCCAGAUAACUGCAUUAUACAGAAACAAAAGCCACACCCUUGACACCAUCUGCUUUCACCUCCCAAAUUCAAUCCAUCACCAAGCCUUGGUCUCUUGUCUACUUUAGAUCUCAAUCAACACCUUUCCUGGCCAGACCUAAACCAUCAUCAAAUCUUUCUCUCUGCUGAACCAUUGAUGUUGGCAGUAGCAUCUCCCUUUACACAGCUCCUCCAGUCAAUACAUCACCCACUUGGCACCCUCUAAUCUCACAUGCCAUCCUCUUAACAUUUUUAAAGGCUUCCCAAUGUACUUGAUCAUGGUUUGAUCUCUGUCUCUCCCUCCAGCCUCAUCCUGUACCAUGUAGGGAGUUUCCCUCUGCCCUUCUCCAGCCAAAAUGACUCCCUAAGUACUUAUUCACUGAUUUAUGUAGACAUCUGAUGAAUGGCUUUCUCCCCAGUGGGCUGAGAGUUCCAUGAGCACAGUAUCUACGUGUGUUUAUCCUCCACUAAUUUUCUACCACCUAAAUGUAUGGCAUAUGCUAUGUGAUCAAUAUCUGUGACUGAAUUUUUAAAAAUGAUUAGGUUAAUUGUUCUGAACCAGAGCCAUUUUUUCCCUCACUUCCCCAGCCUCCCAAAGAAACAGGUGGCAAUGUUUGGGAAUAUUUUGGGUUGUCACAGCUGCCAGGCUUCUCUGGUGUCCGGUGGGUAAUGGCCAGGGAUGUUGCCAAACAUCCUAGGGUGCACAAGACAGCCCACUGAAAGUUACCCUGCCCAUUGUGUCAACAGUGCCAAGACUGAGAAAUCCUGACCUAGAUGAAAAAGAAGGAAUAUUUCUAUUUUGAUCAUAUUGAAUUGGGUUCUGUAGAGUCAAGUCCUUACAGAAACAAAUUUAUUAUCUCCGGAUGCUGUGAGAGACUUAAACAGUCAUGCAUACACACACACUCAAUGACUGUUAUAUUUCCUACAGGCAGGAGAAGCAUAUUUGAAUGGUCUCUUAUACUCAUCCGAUGCCUGGCACAGGGCUGGGAUUCAGUUUCUCAAUAACACCUCUCUGGGAAAGCCUCACUUAACAUAAAAAGGACCUCAAAACUGAGGGCAGCCCUUGAGCUGCACGAAAAGGACCACCUUAUUUCACAAAUAUGACCAAAGUGCAGCAAAGGUGAGUGACAGCAUAGUAGAGCCCCGCCCACCUGCUGAGCCAUGCCCCUUCCCUGUCACAAUGGCCAAGGCCUUAAAUACCCAGACUCCUGGCCCCCAGGCCUUGCAAAGCCCCUCAUUUUGGCAGAACUUACCAUGUCGACCAGCCGCAAAUUAAAGAGUCAUGGCAUGAGGAGGAGCAAGAGCCGAUCUCCUCACAAGGGAGUCAAGAGAGGUGGCAGCAAAAGAAAAUACCGUAAGGGCAACCUGAAAAGUAGGAAACGGGGCGAUGACGCCAAUCGCAAUUACCACUCCCACUUGUGAGCCCCCAGCGGGCUCUGCCCUGGUGCGCUUCACACAGCACCAAGCAGCAAUAAGAACAGCAGAAGGGGAACUGCCAAGGAGACCUGAUGUUAGAUCAAAGCCAGAGAGGAGCCUAUGGAAUGUGGAUCAAAUGCCAGUUGUGACGAAAUGAGGAAUGUAUAUGUUGGCUGUUUUUCCCCAACAUCUCAAUAAAACUUUGAAAGCAGAAA